AUGAUGGUCCAGAUCUGGUUCGCUUUCUACAGCGGCUUCUCUGCCCAGCCCCUGUACGAAGGCUGGUUCCUGGUGCUUUUCAAUCUGCUGUACACCAGCCUCCCAGUUCUGUACAUUGGGCUCUUCGAGCAGGAUGUGAGUGCUGAGCGGAGCCUGGAGCUGCCCCGGCUGUACAUCGCCGGCCAGAAGGACGAGCUCUUCAACUACUGGGUCUUCCUCCAAGCCAUCGCCCACGGCAUGGCCACCUCCCUGGUCAACUUCUUCAUGACCCUGUGCAUCAGUCAGGACACGGCUGGGCCCCUCAGUGACUAUCAGUCUUUCGCCGUGGUCGUGGCCCUGUCGGGCCUGCUGUCCAUCACCAUGGAGGUAGGCAGGGCUGCUGCCCACCCCACCCCUGGUGGGAACUUGGACACAGGUCUCAUCGUGCCCCUUGAACCUGGGGGCUUGGUCCCCACCCUCCUCUACGUAGCCUUGCCUGGUGUUCCGGCCCCCACGGCUGAAGCCUCCUCUCCCGCUCAGGUCAUCCUCAUCAUCAGGUACUGGACGGUCCUGGCUGUGCUGGCCAUCUUCCUCAGCAUCUGCUUCUACACGGUGACCACUUGGGCGAGCCAGAGCUUCUGGCUCUUCACCAUCUCCCCCAAGACCUUCCCCUUUCUGUAUGCUGACCGCAACGUGCUGUCCCACCCCUCCACCCUGCUGGUGGUCCUGCUGAACGUGUCACUGAACUCCCUGCCCAGACUGGCCUUGCCUGUCAUUUACCAGGCCCUCAAGAAGCCACACUCCAAGGAGGAGGAGAAGGCUGAGGAGAUCACCGCGGAGCCUCUGCCCUACCUUUGCCGGCAGUCACGUGCCCGGCGCUCUAGCUACGCCUUCUCCCACCGGGAAGGCUACGCAGACCUCAUCACGCAGGGCACAAGUUUUCGGAGGUCACCAGGGGUCAACAGCAACACUCGGGCCGGUCACACAAUCCCCUCGAGGAGUCGCCCUCGCACCAGAAGAAGAUGCCAUUCUUGGGGAGGAAGAGGCACCCGCACUGCGGGAAGGUGUCCUCCCAGGACACGCAGCCCGCCUCCCCGAUGAGCUCCUCCUUUAUGGGGAGGAGCAGUGCUCUUUCACCAAAAACGUGGCUCCCUCCACAGACGGGCCGUCUGGUUCUUUCCCCGAGAAACUGCCAGGGAAGCAGGCCAGGCCGUAUUCUCCUGAGAAUCUGCCACCAACCAAGGAGAGGCCACCAUCCCCCAGAAGAAAGCCAGAUGCCACUUUCUAAGAGCCAGCCGUGGCCUCCAGGCCAGUCAUUUUUAAAAAAUAUAUAUUUUUUAUUGAUUUUGCAGAGAUGAAA